AUGCCCAUGACACAUGCCGUACACAAAAUAUUAAUGGUGACCACACCACGAGUGGAAAAUGUUCGGUUACUUGAUCGUUUAUCUUCAAGAAAAGCUACACUGGGAACUUUGUAUUUAACAGCUACCCAUGUCAUAUUUGUGGAGAAUGGUUCUGAAACUCGUAAAGAAACCUGGGUUCUUCACAGCCAGAUUUCCUCUAUUGAGAAGCAGGCCACCACUGCCACUGGUUGCCCGUUGCUGAUCCGCUGCAAGAACUUCCAGGUCAUCCAGCUGGUCAUCCCUCAGGAACGAGACUGCCAUGACGUUUACAUAUCUCUGAUACGUCUUGCACGACCAGUGAAAUACGAAGAGCUGUAUUGUUUCUCAUUCAAUCCAAAAUUGGAUAAAGAAGAACGAGAACAAGGCUGGAAGCUCGUGGACCUCAAUGAAGAAUAUAAUCGAAUGGGUGUUCCGAACAACUAUUGGCAGAUUAGCGAUGUAAACAGAGACUAUGGAGUGUGUGACUCCUAUCCUACAGAAAUGUACGUACCAAAGUCUGCGACUGCACACAUCAUAGUGGGGAGCUCUAAAUUUCGGAGCCGAAGGCGUUUCCCAGCUCUUUCCUACUACUGCAAGGAUAACAAUGCGUCCAUCUGUAGAAGCAGCCAGCCUUUAUCUGGAUUUAGUGCUCGAUGCCUUGAGGAUGAACAGAUGCUCCAGGCCAUUAGAAAAGCAAAUCCAGGAAGCGAUUUCCUAUACGUUGUUGACACUCGGCCCAAACUCAAUGCAAUGGCAAACAGAGCAGCAGGGAAGGGAUAUGAAAAUGAAGACAACUACUCCAACAUCAAGUUUCAGUUCAUAGGCAUUGAGAACAUCCACGUCAUGAGAAAUAGUCUGCAGAAAAUGCUUGAAGUUUGUGAGCUGAAAUCACCUUCAAUGAGUGACUUCCUGUGGGGCCUAGAAAACUCUGGCUGGCUGAAGCACAUCAAAGCCAUUAUGGAUGCCGGCAUUUUUAUUGCAAAGGCUGUGGCUGAGGAAGGUGUGAGCGUGCUUGUUCACUGCUCUGACGGCUGGGACAGGACAGCCCAGGUUUGCUCUGUGGCGAGUCUUCUGUUGGAUCCGUAUUACAGAACUAUGAAGGGAUUCAUGGUGUUAAUUGAAAAAGACUGGGUUUCCUUUGGUCACAAAUUUAACCACAGGUAUGGCAACUUGGAUGGAGAUCCGAAGGAGAUAUCCCCUGUUAUUGACCAGUUCAUCGAGUGUGUUUGGCAAUUAAUGGAACAGUUUCCUUGUGCCUUUGAAUUCAAUGAGAGAUUCCUCAUCCACAUACAGCACCAUAUCUAUUCCUGCCAGUUUGGGAAUUUCCUGUGUAACAGCCAGAAGGAGAGACGGGAGCUGAAAAUCCAAGAACGAACAUAUUCAUUGUGGGCUCACUUGUGGAAAAAUCGUGCUGAUUACUUGAAUCCUUUGUACAGACCAGACCACAGUCAAACCCAGGGGACCCUGCGCCCACGGAUGGCUCCAUGCAACUUCUUGUACAAGUUCUGGAGUGGUAUGUACAACCGCUUCGAAAAGGGGCUGCAUCCUCGGCAGUCGGUUACUGAUUACCUGAUGGCAGUGAAGGAAGAAACUCAGCAGCUGGAAGAAGAGCUGGAGGUCUUAAGAGAGAGACUGGCAAAUCUUCAGAAAUCCCAACUGAAUGAUAAUAAAGUCAAGACUACGCAACAAGACCGAAGCAAACAGUUCGGGCUUUCCACUUCCAACAACAGCUUAGCUAACACUCCCCAGGAGUACAGCAGCGAUCUGAAAUCAUUCCCAUCCCGGAGCCCUUCGCAAGGGGACGAAGAAGAUUCAGCCCUGAUUUUGACACAGGACAACCUGAAAAGCUCCGAUCCCGACCUCUCAGCUAACAGCGACCAGGAGUCUGGGGUGGAGGACUUAAGCUGCAGGUCCCCGAGUGGGGGUGGCUGCUUGCCUAGUGAGGACAGUGGCAAGGAUUCAGAUGAGGCUGUAUUUCUGGCAGUCUGA